AUGUUCACCCCGGUUCAUACCUCCCUGGGCGCUCUUUUGCUCUACCAGGGCUCCUCCGGCCUGCUGUUGCACAAUGGAGCCGUCUUCGGUAUCUCGUCCUUCCUGUCAGGGUGCGUCUUGAACCCCAACCAAGACAAUGUGCCCAUCAUCGCGGGCCUCAUCUCCAGCAUUGCCCCGGUCUAUCUAUUCGCCCCGUCUUUGCUCCCGUCAUAUCCGGCUUCGCCGUCCACGUGGGCCGCGUUGGCAUCUACCGUCGGGACUGGAUUCCUGCUGGGCUGGGGAACAAAGAACGGUCGAGGCUGCACAUCGGGCCACAUGCUGUGUGGUCUCUCGCGCCUGUCCCCGCGCUCGUUGAUCGCAACCGCCAUCUUCUUCACGACCGCCCUGCUCACGGCCAACUUCGUCGGCGGAGGUCAGAACAUCCCGGCCUGCGCGGGGGGCAUUCCCUGCUACACACCCGUCUACCCGUCGAGCCACGAACUGGCAGUCAUGAUCGGAACGACCAUCCUCACCUUCAUCACCAACUUCAUUGUCGUGCCGCGCGUCCUGAAGCGAUCCGAAAAGUCGAAGACGAUCUACUCGUACAUCGCCGGUCUGCAGUUCGGCAUCGGCCUGAUCUUCUCCGGCAUGGCCGACCCGGCCAAGGUGUUGCGCUUCUUCGCCAUCCUGACGGACCCGUCUCGCUUCGACCCGUCUCUGGCCCUUAUCAUUCUGUUCGGCAUCGGCCCGUCGCUGAUCACGUACCUAUCGAAGAAACCGGGCCAGGACACGAGUGACAGCGCAGACAAGCCUACGAAGCCCACUUUGGCCGAGACCUGGCGGCUGCCCACGGCCACCGUCGCCGAUAUCGACUGGCGGUUUGUCACCGGGGCCGCGGCCUUCGGGCUCGCCUGGGGAUUACGGGGAGUGUGCCCGGGUCCUGCAGUGCUGCGCGCGGUCCUGCAGCCCGUGUGGGGAGUGGCAGAGAUGGCGGGGUUCAUGCUGGGCAGUGCACUGUAG